CAACAUGCUACAUAAGAGUUUAGUAUCAUGCCAUGCUGCUCAGAAAACAGUUAAGAGAAAACUUAUAUAUGUUCAAGAGAGGCAUUGUUUCCCUAUCAAUGUUCUCAUCGAACUCUACAAUGUUGGUUGGAUUGUACCGUCCAAGGAGACGGCUUCGGCGGAGGAGAGGCAGCAGUGUCCGGUUAGGGAACAAGCGGCGAGGGUUUUGUCUUGCCUCGCGGCCGGUGGUUCAAUGGGGUGUCAUGGCUCCACUUCGGAUGUUAAAGAAGAUCAUCAUGGAAAUUACACCAAAAGAGAACUGGAUAGAGGCUUAUUGUUGGUCUCUUCCUUUGCUUCGUCCCCAACUAUUUCCCCUUUGUUGAUCACAAUUGUAAUUUAGUUUAUUCCCUCUUCAUAAGUAUGUGGUAAAGUUUUUCUUGAAGAGUUUGAUGUGAAAGCAUUAUACAAAACUCAUUCAUGAGUGUUUGAACCCUGAUCUUAUCUUCCAAUUCCAAACAUAUCUCAUACUAUAAAAUAUGGUAUGGUAUAAAAGCAAAAAACCAAAAGAAUGUUUCUCUAUGUAACCAGAAAUCAAUCAGCCGCAUAAAAUGUUGUGCUGUAGUGCUUGUACACCUUUUCUUCUGUAACCCUUCUUGUAAGAAGUGAUAAAGACUCAGUUACCCAGUACUUUGACGUAA